CGAAAACACGUUUCUAUUUCGAGAUAAUUUUAGUCGAAUUAUGUUGCACGAAUCGUAACUUGAAAGCAAUAAAAAUGGCAGAAGAAAUUUCCCCAAAACAACAGCAACCCCUCGAUAAUUUAAUCGAAGAACAACUCGAGAACGAAGUGACGAGCGACGAAGAAACCGAAGAAAAUGAUUCCGGACAGCUUCUUAGCAUGGAUAAAAAUUCGAAUUUACAUUUUUCAGCUGCUUUCGGUAUGAUAGACACCAUGAAGCAAGACCUAGAGUCCUCUGAUCAGAAAAUUGACGCUGAAAACUUCAUGGGAUGGACACCCUUAAUGAUGGCCAUUAGAAAUGGUCAUAUUGAAGCCGUGAAAUUAUUAUUAGAAAAGGGGGCCGACAUUACGAGAAAAAACAAACUAGGGGUGAAUUGCUUCAACUUGAGUAUAGCGAAUGGUAAUCAUGAAUUGGUUGAUACAGUUCUUUGUCAUAUGCUGAAAGGUGGCAUUUCAAGGAAUCGGAUUCAAGAAAAUCUAUCACCGAUAUCUUUAGCUAUUGUUUUCAAGAAGACGCACUUGCUGCGAAUUUUAAUUUCACAAGGAUUCGAUCUGAACGCAAUUACUUGGAAAACUGGUUUAACACCUCUCAUGUUUGCCGCAGCAGUAUCUGCAGAUAAGAUAAUUUCGGUAUUAGAAUUAAAAGGCGCUAAUGCAAAAGCAAGAAACUAUAUGGGAGUAAACUACCAAGAUAUACUCCAAUGGCGGCGUCAUGGAUUGGAAAAUAUGAGAAGAAAUUGCAAUGUUAGCAAACCUAAACUUAGCCUGCCUCCCAUUGACAUCAGGAAUAAACCAACUGCGUCAACAAAGGUGAGUCCAGAAGAACAAAUAGUCGACGCAGUUAUAACAAAACCAAUGAUUGAGAAAAUGGCUAGUCCAAUUCCAUCUGGAAACAGUCAAUUGACAAAUGAAAAUAAGGAGUGUACAAUGGAAGUAUGUGGUGUAACACCUAGUAUUCUCGUAACUCAAGAAGUUUGUGCGGCAACUGAGUCUAGUAAUUUCAACGUGGAUGAAAAUAUAGCAAAUGAUGAAAAUGAUCAAAACCAAAUUAAUCGAGUGGAAGGACAUAUCCCGCCUAUAAAUGUCAUUAAACCUCAUCACGUUGCACCUACCAGAUCAACAAAGGAUAAAAAAUUUGUACAACCCCUAGCAGUAAGGAAUGACAGUCCAACUAUUCAUCAUUCUUAUCAGUACCAAUCGCCAUACAACGGUCUGCCUUGUCCCUUAUAUAUUCCUGUCAUGAAUUCGCCUUACGUGUCUAGUCCAGUUACACCAAUUAUGAUACCUUCCCCGUACCCAAAUUUUAUGACUUCCGUUGGUGACUUGCCCCAAAAUUCCCCAAUGAACGUAAUGCCCCCACCUCAGAAUCAAUACCAAUGCGGUCCUCCUGGUCCAUCAAUAUUUUUCCCAAGUCCUAUGACAAGACCCGAUCCAAAUUUUGCAUACGAUACUAAUGCUGUCAACCCUAACCCAAAUUCAUUUAACGGUAGUCCAAUGUUCUACGCUGUUUAUCCCAACAUUCCUAAUAUGCAAAACGUUUAUUCUAUACCUGGACCAAAGCCAUAAGCUUUAUUUUAUUUUAAACAGACUGUAUGUUUUAUACUUAAUUUUUAUUCUUUUUAUUUGUAUAUGUGUUGAACUUUAAAUGCUGUUAUUUAAGCAGUAAAUAUUUUCUUCAUGAAUCCAUACUUGGAAAUAUCUACUUUCUACAAGACUUGAAACAUUUUUUCACUCGUACUAAAUACACCUUUGUAGAAACUGAAUAUAUCGGAUUAUUGAAAAUAAUGGUUGUGUUAUC